AUCUCUCCCCUCCCUCUGCUCUUCACUCACUCUGCGAACAGGAGCGGAGCGCGCGCCGCUGCGCACCAAACCACACACACUCUCCACUCGCAUCGCUGCCAAAGAACUUUUAAGGAUCAAGAAGAAAAAGAAAGAAAACAUUUUUUUAAAAAUACUUCUUGAGCAACCGUGAGAAGAUCUGACCGAGUGUUUGGAUUUACUCUGCAAGAGCGACUUUUUGGAGGAACGUUCCAGGCUCAGUUUCCAGACCAGCCGGGCUCCUCUCUCCUGAACCUGCGUGACCUCCUCCGCCUCUUCGUGUCUCCCGUCUGCGUAGCACCCAGUGCUCCCCAGGCCGCCCCGGAGAUCUGGCACAGCGCCAUGGUAACUCACAGCAAGUUUGACUCCGUCAUGAGCAGCAGCCCCUUGGACUCCAGCAUGCGGCUGCCGUACCGUUACAAGACGUUCGCCUCCAAGGUGCAGUACCAGAUGAUCCUCGCCACUCUGCACAAGCUCCAGGAGAGCGGCUUCUACUGGGGCGCCAUCACGGGCAAGGAGGCCAACGCCAUGCUGGCCGCCGAGGCCACGGGCACCUUCCUGAUCCGGGACAGCUCCGACAACUGUCACCUCUUCACCCUCAGCGUCAAGACGGCGUCGGGCACCAAGAACCUGCGCAUCCAGUGCGACGCGUCCUCCUUCUACCUGCAGACGGACCCCAAGAACGUUCACUCCGUCCCGCACUUCGACUGCGUCCUCAAGCUGGUCCAUUACUACAUGCCUCAGAGCAGGGCGAACGCUCGCGGCGGGAAUAUCUACUACAUCUACUCCGGCGGGGAGAAGAUCCCGCUGGAGCUCAUCAGACCUCUGUCCUGCAGCCUGUCCACCCUGCAGCACCUGUGCAGGAAGACGGUCAACGGACACCUGGACAUUUCCUCCAAAAGAGACCAGCUCCCGCACCCUCUGAGGGAGUUCAUGCAGCAGUACGACGCUCCCAUCUAGAGGGACCUGACUGAUGCUCCUGGAAGGGUCAAAGACUGUCAGCGCGGCUGCGUUUUGAGGAGAGACGCCGCAGCAGAGGGUGCGGCCGGCCCGAUCUGGUACCCAGCGUGCGGGAAGACAGACGUACCAGUGCAGACGCUUGUAGUUCUCAAAAAGGUUAGACGUCAGUCUCGAAAUGUUAAAAAGAGACACUGGAUUAAGGACUCGUCCACAAAGAGGGACCAAGAAAAACUACUGCUGUGAUGUGGUUGUGCGACACAGAAGCAAGCCCACCUUCCUCCUCCUCCUCCUCCUCCUCCUCCGCCGCCGCGGCAGAGAUGUGAAUCUCUCCAAGAACUGAAGUGAGGCUUACAGUCAGCUGUCGACGGUGUGACGACACACACCUUCCCUCUGCCGCUGCUAACCAGUGUGUGUGAGGCCUUGAUCAGGCUCACGCACACACCAGCCUUUGAAAACCAUCCAGUGCUUUGAGCUGGACCGGGCCUUAACAAUCAGACCGGCUCUGUUGUUUCAUUUUUUGUUUGUUUGUGCAGGUUAACGUGUUAAACACAUCCUUCCAGAGUCCUGAGAUCUCUUGCCAAGUGUUCUCUAGAAAUGCACAAACGGCGACCCCCUCGGGGGCUCGCUGUGCAACAAGCCGGGACGCAGAAGUUAUUUUUAAUCAGAAUCUCCAGAACUACCUGGAAAGAUGUGUUUGUGAUCGUUCGACUCAGAAGAAGGGUUUAUACCAAAUUUUGCCAGAAGUAAACAAAAGUUUGUUUGAAGACCGACAUGACUGAAUCCUGCAGGAUUGUACUCGAGGAAGGAGCUGCCACUGCUGAGUUCAGAUUAAAGAAAAAGAGUUUUUUUUUUUGUGGCACAGACGGGAUGUUCGCAGCUUGUGAAUGAAUGUGUUCCAUUUGAGAUCAGUCUUUCUGCUCAUUAUUUUCCUUAAAAACCAUGUUUACAAGAGCUCAGAUGGGACGGUCAAUCUGUUUUUCAUGCUGUCUUUUAUAAAGAUGUAUUUUUGCCGGUCAAACUGCCGGCUCUGAAUGCUUGAGGAUGUUUCACGAUGCAAGCAGACUGAUACAACUUUGCACUUAUUUAUAUUCCAAUGACCAUUUUAAUAAUUUAUAAUAAAGAGUGCUAUUUUUCUACGACGUUA